AGGAGCUUUGCUGUUCUUUCAAAAGGAAUCAACAACUCAAAAAAAUAUGGACGAAAGUAAAUUAAAUCGUGUUCAGCAUGAAGAACAGGAAACAAUCAGAUUAUUCAUCCAAGAAGUUAAUAAAAGUUGUCUGGAGAUCAUUAAGACCAAACCUGUUUCAACAAGAGGUUACAGCAUAACUUACUUACAGGAACUUGCCAAAACUAUUAAAAACAGAGUGACAGAGUUUGAAUCAGAAAGGAAAUUUACAUUUAAGAAAGAGUUUAUAGUUGACCUUUCACUGUAUGUGUUUGACAGGGCAGCAAGUUGGCUCUUAGACUCCCAUAAGAUAUUCAAGCAGAACAAUGACGUGAUUACCUAUUUGGAAAGCAAAAAAACAGAAUAUUACAACAUCUUUAGAGGCUUUUGCAGAGGAAGCUCAUCUGUUGUUGUGUUUGGAGAAAUGAUGAGUGAAAAACUAAAGGUCUCUGCUAUUGAAGCUGUUUGUAACAAGACUGCGGUUGAUAUUGCUGGAGAGAUGAUGUGCAAUUUCCCAGCAUUUAAUGGCAACAGACUGAACUUAGAGAAACAUGUCUUGACAGCUCUGGCAAAGAAAGAAGACUUUAACAGUUUCAUCACCUACAUCAGAAACCCAAGAAGGCAAGUAGAAGCCUUUAUAAAAGAAGAGGUGAGUAAAUACAUGUUCAUAAGACAGAAAACUAAAGCCCAGACUAUUCUCAGGAAAAAUGUAGAAAACUUCAACAAGAUCAUCAGUCAUGCUUUGUUUAAGGCAACAGAAAAACUUCAAAAGAGGAAGGGAGACAUAAAAGACUGGUUAGAGGAGUUUUCCAGUGUAUUAGAGCCAAACUUGACACUUGAUACCAUUAAUUGUCAAAACUUUAGAGACAUAAACAAUUUUGACUUUCUGAAAGAAGAGAUAGAGAAAGGCCUGAAAAUCAUCACAGAGGAAAUGAAAAGUCUGCCCCUUAAUAAAGUGAAUGAAUGCAGGCAGAAGCCUGAACAAAUCCUCAUUGAUCAGCUGUGUAACUGCUGCUGGGAAAGGUGUCCUUUCUGUGCUGCUGUUUGCACCAACACACUGAAGGAUCACAGUCCUGAGAAACACAGUGUUCCCUUUCAUCGACCUUCUGGAGUUAAAGGUUGGCAUGUUAGAGGAAAAGUCGACCUGGUUGUUGAUUUUUGCACCACAUCAGUUGCAAGUGACAGAAGCUUUUACCCUGAACAUGACUCAGAGCAGAGCGUACCUUAUAAACAGUACCCAACUGCUGGAGAAAGAUAUGCUUCAUGGAGCAUCACAGCUGAUGCUUCUAUGUUGGCCUACUGGAAAUGGUUUGUCUGCCACUUCCAAGAGGAAGUGGAAAAAUACUAUGAUUUGAAAUUCCAGGGUCGGGGAGAAAUUCCUCAAGAAUGGAAACAUCUCAGUAAAGAGGAAGCCAUUGGAAGCUUAAGUGAAAUGUGUAGUUUGUGA